GAAUAAGUUUGUAGGCCAGUUCCUCUCGGCCUCUUCCAAAAUUCACAUCGGCUCCGUUGAGCUGAUUGUGUUUUCGGUUUAAAAUUUUGUAGUUUGGUCAUUCUUCGGUGCCGAGGGAUUUUCAUUUUUGUUUCGGAAUUACUGUAUUCAACGACCCCUUUCGUGCCCCCGAGAACAUUUAUAUUAACCAGCCAUGUCUAUGUGGCGCAGUAUAGGAACGAAGACCCAAAAUCGAGUAAUACCCAGCUUUGCGAGCGUGGUCAGCCAACGCGCCUUCGCAGAAGACCACAAUCCAUCUCCCAAGUGCAGCAACCAGUCUGGAAAGGGCUGCGGAAAUUUCACCGCUUGUGGAGACCCCCGGUUCGCGAAGAAAGCAGCGCCCAAGAAGGGAGACGGCUUCCAGUUCCAUCAUCUGAUAAAGGCGCCGCCAGAGUGCUGCAUCGAUCCCUGUGCGGAACGGUUCCCUCCGUACGACCAGUGCUACUACAAGAUCUCCGACAAGGCCGCGCGCAAGUACCAGGUCACCUGGGUGGAGUGUCCGCCCAUCCAGAUAAAGCCCAAGAAGAUCUGCUGCUAUGAGGCGGGCGCUCGUCCGCCGAUCCCGCGGCGCAAGCGCAAGGAGUUCGUGCCAAAGUGCCAAGAGAAUGUCGAAUGUCCUUCGGAGGAGGGGGACUGCCCCAGGAUCAAGAUGCCCGGCUGCAGGCCCGUGGACAACGUCUCUUGCCACGUCGUUAGACGCAAAACCGACUGCGUCAAGGUCAAGGCCCCCUAUCCUUCGUUCUCGGAGUGCGCUCACCCACCUCUUCGCAAGCCUCGGGCAAUCGAAUGCAACUGCCUGGACGUUCCGAGCUCCUGCGAUCUCAUUCGCGAGCUGAACAGGCUUGAGGGGAGUCCACGGAAGCCAAACUGCGGGGGCAGCAGGGGUUAAUUUCAUAGUGCUGUUCGAAUCCUAAUCCCAGCGCUCAGUAUCUUGUUCCGUUGACCUAAAUAUUCCAAAACCGAUCCAGUAAAAGUAACUUUUCUACCGUGCGUAAAAUUCCGAGAAAUAAACCGAAAAAUGAUUUUUACUUAA